AUGAUUAAUCUCGGACUGUCGCGGAUCUCGUCGCUCCUCCGACCUUUAUUCGACGUGCAUGACCCGCUGCCCUGGCGAGCCAUCCACAUAGCUGGCACAAAUGGAAAGGGGUCGGUGGCCAGCUACAUCUCGACGUUUCUCGCCCACCGAGGCUACAAGGUCGGCCGCUUCACCUCGCCGCACUUGGUCAAUCGCUGGGACUGCAUCUGGCUCAAUUCUCGUGUCGUCGAGAAGGAAGUCUUCCUGCAGGUUGAGAACGAGCUGAGGGACCUCUCGGUCAAGGAGGGCAUCAACGCGAGCGAGUUUGAGAUCCUCACUGCUGUCGCGUUCGAGCUCUUCACCCGCCAGGGCAUGGAUUUCGGCGUCGUCGAAUGUGGACUGGGCGGACGGCUGGAUGCCACCAAUGCUCUCCGGCCACAGGAUGUGUGCGUGAGUGUCCUGGCGAAAGUCGGCCUGGACCAUACGGAAUUCCUGGGAAGCACUUUAAAGGAAAUUGCGCGUGAGAAGUGUGGGAUCUUCAAAAGAGGUGUCCCCGUCGUGGUCGACGAGAGUAACGACGAGGUCGUCAAAGACGUAGUGAAACAGAAACUGGAUGAACUUGAUCCUGGUACCACUGCUACUCCUCCUACAACUACAACUACUACUGCCGAAUGCGGCCUGUGGUUCAGACUGCCCGCGACGCAGGCAGCAGUCCUCGAUUCACUUACGAUCCGAGCGCUCGGGCUCGCCGAUCACCAGAGGCAGAACCUCUCCACCGCAUACACCGCGUACUACAUAGCUGAGCAACAACAAAACCCAUCCUCCUCGAAGGGCCCCUUAGACCCCACACCCAUCCCAGAACCGUUCGCGCAACGCAUCCGGUCGACGAUCCAGCACCUCCCAGCGCUGAUCCAAAACGCGCACGCCUCGAUCCGCGGCCGCCUGGAAUGGCUCACUUUGCCCGCGCACCUCCUACCGUCGGAACCCCGCGGCAAGGAGCACUUCAGCAUCCGAGCCCUCGUCGACGGCGCACACAACCCGCAAUCCGCAGCCGCACUCGCCACACACAUCGACCGCAACGUCCGUCGGCAACGUGCUCUGCAGGGACGGCCUCUGACAUGGGUGCUGGCGAUGAAGCGCGGGAAGGAGAUCGACACGAUUCUCCACACGUUGAUCCACGACGGCGACAACGUCGUCGCCUGCUCGUUCGGCCCCGUCGACGGAAUGCCGUGGGUCGAGAGCCUCUCUGCCGCCGAGCUGGCCGACCAGGCCCGGGCACUGACCUCUGGAAGGGUGGAAGGCGCACCGAAGAACGGCGACGUCGCAGCCGCGAUUCAGCGGGCCGUCACGCUGGCCGAACGCGGCCGCGGCCACAUCUGCAUUGCCGGCAGUCUUUACCUUGUGAGCGACGUGCUGAGGCUCGUGGAAGAGGGAGUCGGAGGGAGGGAGGAUUCGAGAUGA